ACUACUCUCCAUCUUUUCACUUCUCUUUUCACCUUCCUUCUAUCUUAAUCCAUUCCAACCUACUCCACUCCACUCCACUCUACUCACUUCGCAUAGUCGUCUCCUUCGACUUCAUUAUAUCUGAUUGCCCUUCUUACUCUCAUUAUUGCUUUUUUUAUACUUUUCUACUUUUUUCCCCUACAUCUCCUUAUCUCUCCUUGCUGAUUGCAAUGGUUCAUUCUGAUACGGAUCCUCUCGCCCGAAAGAAACCUACUACUUCCUAUUUCAAGCCUAUAGUUCCUGCUCUCGCUCCCCACUCGCGUGGUCCUGCACUUAUUCGACCCGCUUCAAUCCUCUCUACUUUCUCGCCUGUCACCCCAGAUCCUUCUCCUAUAAUGAGCCCUGAGGACCCAAAGUUCCAACAACAAUCUUAUUCUCGCAGGAAUUCUGGAUCGACUACAACUGCCGCUUCCACGAUUACAGUACACGACCAGGCGUUUUCGGGCCGUACUGCCAGUGGUUCCUCACAACAUCUUCCAACCUUCAGUGACUUGAGUAAACCUACAGGGACACCAAGCUCCUCUUCAAGCUCCUCUUCAUCUACUCCUACUCAUUCUAGUUCUAGGGCUCUGCAUACGCUCUAUCCACAGGGCACACCCCCAAUGUCCCCUGGUGUUGGUCAUGGCUUGAUCUCGCCCAUCACAGGACCCCAUAGGGGAAUUACUGAUCCCAGCCACUACUCUUCAUCAUCAUCGUCGUCUUCCGGGUUCUAUCAGCUUCCACCUCCACUCCAGCCGUUUGCGCCCCGUCAGAGUCCUCAUCAGUCACCCGCGAUGCAACCUCAGCCGAAUCACGGCCACAACAGCUCACUCACAAAUCUACCGUCAUUGCCACCGCCCUCUGUACAUUCCAAUAGCGGAUAUUCACCCAGAUCUACACCUCAAAUGUCACCUCGCUAUAUGGUUUCUCCAGCUCUAGGGCCUCUCUCCCCAUACCCCACACCACAGCAUCAACCUCGCCAUUUCUCCAGUCCUCACUCUGACCCCCUUACAUCAAAACAAUCCAUCCCAGCCAUGAUUCUACCUGCCUCGGCCCUUUCGUCCACUAAUAGUAAUGGCUCAUCUCAUGAUAAUGCUUCAGUAAGAUCAUAUUCAGCCGCCUUACCGCAGCAGGAAUCUGAUACGGUAGGGUCCCCAAUUGCUGGUCCUGUUGCAGACUCCUCUGCACCUAGCUCACCGCGGCGAUAUAUGAUGUUGCCCCCUCAGAGUCCCUCUGCUCCAAUCUCUACAUCUCGACGGUCAUCACGUUCACAAGGCAGGAAGACCAGUGCUGAAUCUAGCCCAACAUCUACCAGCACAAGCACCACCACUCGCCGCCGAACCUCAUCCAGCGCUAAGUUGAUUGACCAAGAGACACGAGACCUGAUGCGUAAGGUAUCGCAUUCUGCGAUUGAGAGACGGCGUCGUGAACGUAUCAAUGACAAGAUUCUGCAACUCAAGCAUUUGGUACCCGCAUGCGUGGAUGAGGAUCAUCUGCACAAAUUAUCGAUUUUGCAGAGCACGAUCGAGUAUAUCCAACAUCUUAAGGCUAUCUUACCAGCAUCGAUUGCGAAUGCUAAAGUUGGCAAGGCCACAAACAACAAUCCGAAUAAUAAGACCACAGACAUGUUAGAGGCUUUGGGUGGUUCUAUCUCUUCGAAAUCGCCACUGACGCCGCUGAUGACUACGGGCUUGAACCAUAUCUAUGAAAAGCGGAUCAGGAUUGAAAAGCAAGACAUUCGUGCACUCUUAGAGGAUCAUGGUCCAACAGUUCGACAACAGAUAGAACAAAAACAAAAACAAAAGCAUCAGCAACAGCAACACGUAUCGUCGUCCUCACCUUCUUUUUCAUCAGAUGAAGACGCAAAGGAUGGUCUACUGUUAUUAGCUAAUCAAUCGUCCUCCAUCUCAGAGGCAGCAACUGGUGCUUCAUCUGACGAAAGUGGAUCAACUCAUGAAUUUAGACCACGGAAAAAAGGAAAGCAUGAAUAGAUCCAACUAGAUUUCUUUUUUUCUUACUUUUAUAUAUUGUCAUGACUUGCAUUAAACAAUAAAGCAUCAUAUACCAU